UGAAAAGUCACACAGGAAAAACCCCCUACUUCUAAAAAAAAUGUUACACACAUAACCUACUGCAUGGUUGACGAACAAGAUGUGACAUUACUCUAUAUUUUAUUAUCAGUGGUACAGCUUUCGUUCAAUAAAAUUCAGUACAGAUUUUAGACUACAAAAAUACACACAUAAUUUUAACACAAAUUUUUAGUGAAAAAAAAGAAAAUGGCCGAAAAGCGAAAGCUACUUCAGCGUUACAUGGCGUGUCUUAACGAGCUGCAGGACGAGUUGAAGCGCAAAGAGCUUGAGAAGCAGAUGAGGGAACUCGAAAUGCUGCAGAACGAACUGGCGCGACGACAGAAGCGAGAGAACGAAGACGCCUCCGCCGGAGGCCUCAGCAAGGAGCAGCGGCGGAAGGUGCUCCGCAAGUUGCUCGGCUCCUAUAUGCAGAGGCUGGAUGGAUUGAUGUCUGAAUUGGAACGCCGCGAGUCGCGGCUUAACGGUGAGAAGGGUCGCCCAUCCGAGUCCGAGAAUCUGCCACAUCCUCCGAUGCUAGAGGAGUAUACGGUGGCAUUCUCCGAGGUCGAUGAGAGUGGCCGAGAGCUCCUGGAGGCCGCCUUGAGCGCCCGCAGGAGCGCCUAUGUCCCUUACAGCAAGUUUAAAGUGGGUGCCGCCUUCCGUGCCAAGGGCGGCAGGAUUUUCACGGGCUGCAACAUCGAGAAUGUGGCCUUUACUCCGGGCAACUGCGCGGAGCGAUGUGCUCUGGCCAAGGGCAUUAGCGAGGGUGAAAUGAAGUACACGGAAGGUGCUGUGGUGGCCUAUCACCCGGAGAGUUUUACUACGCCCUGCGGCGUGUGCCGCCAGUUUAUCCGUGAGUUUGCCUACAAAGAUUUCCCCAUCUACAUUGCCAAGGCCCCGCCGCCGGAGAUGGAGUGUAGUAUUCCGGCUAUCCAGGACACUGAUGAGGUGCUGGUCACAUCGGCGUAUAACCUCCUGCCUCAUAGUUUUACCACAUUCGUGUAAACUUGGCGAUGAACUUUCUAUGCCAAAGGAUCCUUUAAUCAUUCUGGAUACCACACACGGACUUUAAAUAAAUUUUCGGCAUCUCAAAACA